AUGGACACCUACGCGACGGUCGCCCCACAGCUGUCGGGCUCUUCUGCCACUGGCUCGCCAGCGGUGUCCAGCGACAGCCCCGGAACGGCGACCUCCUCUGUAUCGGCGACCAGUGAUGCCCGCCUCGGCCAGCAAGCCGCACCUCCUUCAGUCCCCGCUGCCUGCCUUGCUUGUCGCGGCAAGCAUCUCAAGUGCGAUGGGAACACCCCAUGCUCACGAUGCACCAGCUCCAACUCUGAGUGUCUCUAUGUACCCUCUCGUCGCGGCUACAAGGGCCCACGACGGGGUACGGCGCACAAUCCAAACAAGCGCCAUGCCUCGUCCUCCCCACCUUACGUUGGGGCCGAGGAUGCUGCCACGGCCUGCCCCAUGAUGCUGGGCCAUGGUGGUGUCCCCAUUGCGGUUCCUUCACUUGCGGGUUUCAACCCCGGAAUCGUGCUUCCGGAACAGUCUCCGGUGUCUUAUACUGCCGCGUCCCCCAUGACGAACGUGCCUCUCUACCGGAACUCAUUCGCCCCAGCCAUGGAUCCCAACGCCCUCGCCUUGACGACGACCACCACGCCCGCCGCCCAGGUGGUUGCGGCCCCCCCGCCGGUGCAGCCGCCGGUGCCUACCCUGGCCGAGCGCUGCUUCGACGCCUUCUAUCACUUCUUCCACGCGGGCCAUCCCUUCGUGCUCCCUAAAGAGCCCUUAAUUCGCCUUCGGGAGGAGGGGUCUACCCCCAACCUCAACGUCCUGAUGGCCGCUAUGAAGUACAUUGGCUCGCUCUAUGUUGAUGCCGGCCCCGCCAAGGCGACCUACUUCGAUGAGGCCGUCCGUCUCUGCUACCAGCCCGGGACGCCCAAGGACGGCUUCCUGAUCCAGGCUCUGCUGCUCCUCAUCAUUGGCCUGGACGGGCAGUGCGAUCAGGGGAGGGCGCGCGAGCUGCUUGCGGACUGUGAGCGGUAUGCCAUCGAGAUUGAUCUCAAUAAGCGUAACUUUGCUACGAUCCACGGCCGCGGGAACCCGGUGUUGGAGGAGAGCUGGCGGCGGACGUGGUGGGAUCUGUAUGUUUGCGACGGCAUGAUCGCCGGCGUUCACCGCAUUACCAAGUUCCUGCUGUAUGAUAUCCAAGCCGAUGUGGGGCUGCCAUGUGAAGAGCAGCAGUAUCUCACGGGGCGGAUCCCCCAAACGUUCUACAUGGAGGACUUUGACGAUCAGACCUUUUCUGACGAGGAGGUCGACUUCUCGUCGUUCACGUACCGGAUCGCUGCAAUGCGGAACAUGGGACGCAUGAUGCGCAUGCCCCCCGUCAUGUUCCCCGACGACGCCGCCAUCGACCGCGUGCAGUCGCUCUUCACCAACUGGCGGAUGCAUCUGCCGGACGGCAAGCGCGACGACCUGACGCGGAACUGCCAGCUCGACGAGAUGAUGUUCCAGGCACACUUUAUCACCCAUGCCUGCACCAUCAUGCUCCAUCAGCCUCUCUCCCAACUCGACACCUCCCCCGUCGCAGCCGUCAACUCCUGCGCGCCCCACCGCCCGGUCCCCUCAGGCGACAACUUCAACCUGCACACCCGCCACACCCUAACCUCCGCCUCCGAGAUCUCCAAGAUGAUCACGCAAGCCGUGCCCGUAACCCGACACACGCACUUCUUCACCUGUGUCAUCACCCUCUCCUCCAUCGUCCACCUCUCCCGCUGGGCGUUGUACUUUGUCGACGACGAAGACCACCUGCGCCAGCAGGUCCGCCUCAACAUCGGCGCGCUGCACAAGCUCAGCCGCGUGUGGAAGGCCGCGGACACCGCGUGGGGCCAGGUCAAGGGGGUCGCGCAGGAUAUCUACCGGCAGAAGAAGGCGCAGCAGAUUAGCCCGGCGUUCUGGGUGGGGUUCACGCAGGAGCAGAUGAUCAGCAGUAUCAAUGCGGACGAGGGGAUCAUGAGCGAGUUUACGAAUGUUGGUGGGGUUGGACCGGUGAAUGCGGUGGGGGUUUUGGGGCCCGGGAAGGGGUGA